CUUCCCAAGCCUGAAUCCGUAUCCGAGGAAAGUGGUUCCACUCAACGGAGUUUUCGUUCUGGUGCUCCGGCUUCCACUUUCCGACUCCCGCCAGUCGAUGAGCAUUGAUACCUCCGCCGCCGCUCGCCGGAGAUGAUGAAAUCGAACGAUGGAAUCCAAACAGACUGUAGACGUGGACUCUGAAAUCGGAUCAGCGGAGAAAGUGGAAGACGAUUCCUUUCCCUGUGAGGAGAUCCUGUGCUGCGAAAAUCCUAAAAUCAUCCAGUGGGAAGAGCUGCAGCAGGAGCUAGCCAGGCUGUGUAGCCUCUCCUCAGCUCUUACGAAGGGUAACGAACGGAAGGAAUUCCUUUCACAGAAGCUCGGAUCCGUCAUCAAGAUCAGGCAGAAAUAUCUGCAUCAGUCCAAUGAAUUGGAUGAUAUGAGACGACAGCUAGAGGCAAAGAAGCUUGCCAUGGGGGAGAUGGUGAUGCAGAUGAGGGAGAUGAAGGAGGACGUCAAAAGCAAAAAUGAGCAGCUUUGUACUGCUCUUAAAUCGUUGUUGGUAGCUGGAAAGAAAUUAUGUGCAGCCAAUCAACAGCUACAGGAGGCUAAUAAAUUGGUAAUUGGAAAGAUGGGACACGGAAAUGCUAAAAGCUUACAGAAGAUGCUACGGAUGAGACAACAACAUAUGAUAAAUCAAGUGAAUUCCUUGUAUCCUGUGAAGUCUUCCAAUGAAAAUGCAUUGAAGGAGAAGCUUGAUAAACCUUGUGGGGAUCCUGAUGCAUAAAAAAUUUUUAGGAGAUCAAGUACAAUUAUCAUUAGAAAAUGAGCCAAAGUCACCAC